UCGAGAAACUUCAACCACAUGCAAAUGACCUCACCUCCUUGAAGCUUCGUCCGCCUCUCGUUUCCAUCUCGCCUCCUCGUACAUCCUGCCUAUCUCGCCUGCUGCCGUGCCACUCCUCAAUUGUGCUUUUCCGUGGGAAUCUGCAGGCGCGGCGCGGCACUGCUCUCUACGUGUCUCGCUGAUUGUUCCACGUUGGCUCGGUGCAUACGUACUCAGCUUCCUCCCCAACGCUUGCUUGAGUCUCGCUUCCUCAGCAUCGACGUCCUCCUGCGUUCGAGGCGCACACACUCGUUUGAAAAGCAGCCUAGCCGUGUUUCUUUCCUUAUCUACCAUCCGCGAGCGUCGUGCAAUCCCAUCUGGCCGAGGGCGGGCGGCGCACAUCCAUCGACACAAUGCUCCUCCCCAAGGGCGGAGUGACCUGGAAGUCGGCCAAGGCCCGGCUGCCACCCUACCAACAAGUGCUCAGAUUCGUGUUCAGGACACGGAUAUUAGUCCUGGUCGCCUUGACGGUGACCACCGUGCUAUUAUGGCGAGGGCUUCGCGGCUCGGCGAAGGAGAUGCAACGAUUUGUAUGCUGGGGACCGGCGAAACCACCGAUGGAGAUGACACCAAAUGAACGCGCACGAUGGCAUGGGCAUCUCACCACCCCCGUAAUCUUCAACCAUCACACCCCCAUCGAGGUCAACUCGACGACGAUACAGCACAUCGACCUCAACCCGAUCAAAUCUACGCCACAAGGUCUCUCUAACAACGAGCGUGUCCUUAUCCUUACACCCCUGCGCAACGCUGCCCAGCACAUUCUACAGCAUUUCGACCUCAUUACCCAGCUCACAUAUCCACAUGAACUCAUCGAUCUUGCCUUCCUUGUUGGCGACUCCACCGAUGAUACCCUGGGCGUCCUCGCCGCAGAGCUGGAUCGUGUGCAGCGUUCGCCCAACGCUUUCCGCUCAGCGCAGAUCAUCGAGAAGGACUUUGGCGUCACGUUAUCUCAGGAUGUUGCGGACAGACAUUCAUUUGAGGCACAGGGUCCGCGUAGGAAGGCAAUGGGUCGUGCAAGAAACUACUUACUGAGUACAGCGUUGAAGCCUGAGCAUUCGUGGGUGUACUGGCGAGAUGUCGAUAUUCAGGACAGCCCACCCAAGAUCAUCGAAGACUUCAUCGCACAUGACCGCGAUAUUCUCGUUCCCAACAUCUGGUUCCACCGUUAUCGCGAAGAAAAUGGCAAGAAGAGAGAUAUUGAGGGUCGAUUUGAUUACAACUCGUGGGUUGAAUCAGACGAAGGACGCAAGUUGACCUCGACACUGGACAAGGACGUUGUUUUGGCAGAAGGGUACAAGCAGUAUAAGACAAACCGGAAGUACAUGGCACGUAUGGGCGACUGGCGCAACAACAAGGACGAAGAGAUGCAGCUUGACGGCAUUGGUGGUGUUAACAUCAUGGUCAAGGCAGACGUGCAUCGUUCUGGCAUCAAUUUCCCUUGUUACGCAUUCGAAAACCAAGCCGAGACCGAAGGAUUCGCAAAGAUGGCCAAGCGCGCUGGAUACGGUGUCUACGGACUGCCCAACUACGUCGUUUGGCACGUCGACACGGAAGAGAAGCCUGGCAACGCAUGAUCGUGCCUUCCUCGCCAAUUUUUUUCUGCAACUUCUUUAUAUCAAACACCCUUUAGACACGUCUCAUUAGAAAGUCGUCAAAGCGUCCUGAGAAUGUCCUAUUUACGCACUAAAUGAGCUGUGGAAAAAUGAAAGAGACCAGCACUUCUGGGGAGGGUUGAAUUGCAAGAUGACGAGUGGCCUUGGAGCAUGAAGGUGGCUGCUCUGCACGUGUAAUUGGAGUGGUGUAUUCGCUGCUGGAACUUUGACAUGAGAAAGGGAGAGAAUGGUCGACGCAUCUAUACGUGUGCGAUAGGGCGCUGUCGUUACUGUGUCUUCCUUUCGCUUGCUUCUUGAACCUUUGCAUAAACGGGUGUAAAAGGGCGUUUUCGACGAACGGUGUCGGGCUGGACUAGCUGGGCUUGAGAAAGGUCUCAUGGCUUACAUGCUUGCUAUUUACCUGACGGAUUAUUCUGCCUCUCUGUAUGCCUAUGCUUCUAGCCCAAGUAUGUGAAUUAAUCAUAAUGGGACGCCUUGUGCUUGAGUCAUCAUUGCGUUUGCAAUCCCUUUAUUUGUUUUAAGAGCUUGGAUCUUGUGAAAAGAGUUCUUGAUCCUGGAACUUCUAUGUAGUGCUGGUCCCUCAUGAUGCAUACACUCCAUGGAGUAGUCUCGACCUUCAUUUAUGACAAGAAGAUCCAAUUGUUUCGAGUCGCUAGAGCACAAUGUACUUUUGGUACUCCUUCUCUACUGUCGUUCCA